GCUUGCGCGAGAGCAAGCGCGCGCUCAAAGAACGCUGAGAAGAAGAAAACGCCAAAUCGCUUGACGCCAGCGUUCUUUUCUGGUUAAGCAAAAACCUGAGUAACAGAAGCUCGUCAUACCAUUAACGGUUCAGAUGAGUUCAAAGGGCAGCAAGUCUCCUCCUCCUGCCGUCUCUCCAGCGGCAGCCGGUCUAGAUUCGCAGCAAGAGAACGCCCCGACCGCCGCUAUUGCAGCAAUUCCUUCUACAGCCGCCGUCACGCAGAACUCCGAGGCCCCUUCCCAAAAGGCACCACCGGAGAGAACGGCUGAGCAAAGAAGCCACGAGGUGCCGCGCCAUCACCGGAAACGGAGCAAACGCCAGUCAUUGCCACAGCGCGGCAUCUCUUCGGUGUCGUCAGUCUCCCAGGCCAUGAAUCCAGCCUACGACCGCGAGUCCAGCCUGCAACCUACGACCGCGUCGGCCUCCCCUUCACCAUCGCAGAACGGCUCAUGUUCGGUCGUUGUCAGCACAGCCGGGUCUAAGAUGAAGGAACGAGAUGUCAAGCAGGACGUAGCUUCAUCCGCUCCUCAGUCAUCGGCGAGCCCCAAGGCACUGAAGGCAGCGGCCUCUGCAUCCCCUCCCACAAAGCGAAACGUUAAGGAGCCUGUGCCAGACACUGACUUCCUCAAAGCCCUUGAAUCUUUGGCUCCCUCUCCGGAGGAGGAAUCCGCUAGGAAGGCCUCUUCUGUCAAGGGCUUGAAAAGUUUGCUGGGCGUUGGCGAACAGCCACCCUCUUCCUCGUAUCACUCUCGAGGAAGUUACGCGUUUCGACAAUUUAAGCUUUCGCGUGGGGCCAAGUUAGCGCUGACCGUGCUUCUAGUCCUGACUGCAUUGGUCCUUGGCUUCCUCCUGUACCGAAGAGCAAGCCGGCAGACCGCGACGCACUGUAAGACCCCGUGUUGCGAGAAGCACCGGUACCGCAUAUCAAAUCAGCUGGACCAAGGCAUCGACCCUUGUAACGACUUUGGUGAUUACGUUUGUGGACGGCGGAUGCCGAGGAAGAUGUUUCAUCUGUCAAACUCCGAGAUGUCGGAUAUGCUCCUCGCGUGGCUGUACAGUUUUCCAGAAAGGCUGAAUAAAGGCUUGGCUCAAUUGCCCAUAGUCAGAAAGGUGAUUGCCAUGUAUAACAUGUGCCUUGCGACUAAGGGCUCUUCAAUCGAAAUCAUGAAAGAGUUUAUGCACGCACGAGGCAUUCCUUGGCCGGAAAAACCACACGAACCAGUCAGCCCAAUUAGGGUCCUUUUCGACCUGUCGUUAAACUGGAACGUGGAUCUCUGGUUUACCAUGAAGGUAUUCUCCGCUACAUCAACAGAAAAACCAAGGCACCUCUCUUUUGCACCAAACGAGCUUAUGCUGCUGUGGAAGGCCAUGUUCAGCCAGAUACCAAAGGAAACCUUCCAGACGGUCUUCAAAGAACUCUUUGGGAUUUUUUCCAAUGACACGAAUAGCGAAUGGAACGGCGAAAGCAUGGGGCAGACAUAUCGCGUGCUUGAGGCUGUCUUCAACACACUAGUGCCGGUGUGUCCUUGCAAGGCACGAAUUUCGAAAUUGUUCGCUAUCAAGGACUUGGACUCCAACGCUACCGGUGCUAUUGGAUCGCACAUGGUAAAAAUGUUAAAUGCUGUGACGGCAAUCGAUCCGCCUAUCACAGGUGAUGACCUGAUGCUUAUGGGUGACAUGUCUGAGUUUGAGAAUAUCUUGCGCAUAACCAAACGUUUCGGUGAUGAGGCGAUACUGCGACACUUGUCGUGGUUGUUUAUCCAAACGCAUGGGGCAGUGGCAUAUCCAACGGCCGUGAUGCUUGCCAUUCAUGGCAGCAAGCACAAUGCCAAAGAACAGCAACCCCGUUUCUGCGCUGGUCAAGUGGAAUCAAGCUACAAGCUCCUCGGAAAUGCCGUCGCCUCCAUAGGCCUCUUCUCGGAGAAAGAGCGGCGCCACAUCAACGAGCACCUAGCUGCCAUUGUGGAGGAGGCUGCCAAUAAGACAUGGGCCGUCUCGUGGCUUGACAGUGAUACGAAAAAAGUUGCUGUGGAAAAGCUGAAGAACGUGCGCACAGUGUUGUGGCCUUCGGACAAGUUUCUCACGCCGAAGACACUUGAAGAAGUGUACGAAAACUUCUCCUACAAUCUGCCGUCAUUCGCCGAGUACUGGAUCGAGACGCGUCGCAGCCAGCGUCUGAUGUACGGCUCCGAGGCCGCCGAAGAGGAGCAGCUCCUGGGCGACAGCACUCGGCUGCCAUACGCGGGCUAUGAACAGGUGUUCAACCGCCUCUCUCUCUCAUUGGGCGCACUGGCACCUCCGCUCUACUGCAAGGAUGGCACCAAUGCCAUGUUGUACGGUGGCCUGCUGUACUUUUAUGCACGGACUCUCAUCGCUGCCAUUGACACCGUGGGAGUGAAGUUCACCCCUCAAGGCGAGUUCGUGUCGUCUUGGUUGAGCGACAGCAUUCGAAACACCUUCCAGCAGCGAACGCUCAACUGCCUACCCGGAAACAUCAGCAUCUUCCCCGAAGUUCCCGCGAUGGAAGUGGCGUAUGCAGCAUUCAAGAGACACCACCAAGAGAGUAAUAGCCAGCUAUCUGAGGAAUUGACGGAGGAGAAGGUGUUUUUCAUAACCGCCUGCCUCACCGCUUGCGCCACGACGCCUGCCGACAACAUUUAUGGCGGCGACUGCAACAAGGCGGUCAUGAACUUCGCGCCGUUCGCCAAAGCCUUCGGUUGUCCCGUCGGUUCCAAGAUGAACCCUGCGUCGAAGUGCACGUUUUACGAUUGAUUUUCAAGGCGAUGCCUGAGCGGUCCUCUUUCUCUGCCCAAAAUGUAAUCCUUUGUUUUAGUUUUUUGUGUGCGCGUCUCGGAUGCAUAGGUCCGUUAUCACUGAGAUGCUGCGCCCAAUGAAAUUCGCCGAUCAUUGCACUGUGCUUGGAUGAA